GCAUAGCGGUCAAACAAGGCCGUUAAGCAUUUUCAUAGCUCUUAACAAUACUGAUUUACAAAGAAACAAUGGAGCUUAAACCUGGCUUAUCAGCUUUGGUCACCGGCGGAGCUUCCGGCAUCGGUAAAGCGUUGAGCUUAGCUUUGGCGAGGAAAGGAUUAUUUGUCACGAUCGUAGAUUUCGCUGAAGAGAAAGGGAAGGAAGUUGCUUGUUUAGUUGAGAAAGAGAAUUCCGGAUUCCAUGAAAAGUUAGAGUUUCAUUCUGCUAUUUUUGUUAAAUGUGAUGUUACAAAUCCAAGAGAUAUAACUUUGGCAUUUGAGAAGCAUGUGGCUACAUUUGGAGGACUGGAUAUUUGUAUUAACAGCGCCGGCAUCGGCAAUCCAGUGCCAUUUAAGGAUGAUCAAACAGAUGGGACCAAGACAUGGAGGCACACCAUUAAUGUCAACCUUGUAGCAGUUAUUGAUUGUACUCGACUCGCUAUUAAAACUAUGCAAGCUCAGCAAAAGCCAGGGGUGAUCAUCAAUGUAGCGUCCUCUGCUGGUCUUUAUCCAUUGUUUUUGGGCCCCGUCUACUCUGCCUCAAAAGGAGGUGUUAUCAUGUUUACUAGGUCACUAACUCCUUACAAACGUCAAGGAAUACGUGUUAAUGUUCUUUGCCCUGAGUUUGUUCGAACAGAGAUGGUAGAAAAAAUGGACCCCAAAUUGAUUUCACUAAUGGGAGGCUUUGUGCCAAUGGAAAUGGUGGUGAAAGGUGCUUUCGAGCUUAUCACUGAUGAAAGCAGAGCUGGUUCUUGCCUAUGGAUUACAAACCGCCGAGGACUGGAGUAUUGGCCUACUCCAGCUGAAGAAGCAAAAUACACUGUGCGUUCUUCCUCAAGUUCCAGGAACGACAUGAUCUCGUUCCAAGCUCCUUUAGGUUUCCGACUUCCUCACAACUUCAAGAAACUUGUUGUGCAUACAUUGAGUUUCCAUUUUCGUGAUUCAACCCAUAUAAUAAGUGCACCAUUGAAACUUCCUCUUGAAUUAGACCAAGUUCUUCUGAAAGUCAUUUAUGCUGGUGUAAACGCAGGUGAUGUGAACUUUAGCGCAGGUCGGUAUUUUCAAGGAACCAAGGAAGAAAUUAGUUCCCUUCUUCCAUUUGACGCUGGAUUUGAGGCAGUGGGAAUAAUUGCUGCCAUUGGAGAUUCUGUAAGAAAUUUGAAAGUUGGAACUCCUGCUGCUCUCAUGAGUUUUGGAUGUUAUGCUGAAUUUGUGAAGGUUCCUUCAAAGCACAUACUUCCCAUUCCAAGACCUGAUCCAGAAAUUGUUGCUUUGCUUACUUCAGGAUUAACAGCAUCAGUCGCUUUAGAAAAAGUUGGUCAGAUGAAAUCCGGACAAGUUGUCCUUGUAACUGCUGCUGCAGGUGGGACUGGGCAAUUUGCAGUCCAGCUUGCAAAGCUUGCAGGAAAUAAGGUUGUUGCGACGUGCGGAGGAAAAGAAAAGGCAAGGCUUUUGAAAGAAUUGGGGGUUGAUCGAGUCAUAGACUAUAAAGCUGAAGAUGUCAAAACUGCUCUCAAGGAGUUUCCUAAAGGAGUCGACAUUGUUUAUGAAUCUGUUGGUGGUAACAUGUUUGAUUUGUGUCUUGAUGCUUUGGCUAUCCGUGGACGACUUAUUGUGAUAGGAUUAAUCUCUCAGUAUAAAAGGAAAAAUGGGUGGACGCCAUUAAACUACCCAAGACUUGAGAAGCUUUUGUCCAAAAGCCAAAAUGUGUCUGGCUUUGUCCUGGUACAGUAUGGCCAUUUAUGGAAGGAACACCUACUUAGACUGUUUCAUCUUUACUCUUCAGGAAAGCUUAAGGUUGUAAUAGACCAGAAAAGAUUUUCAGGUUUGCAUUCGGUUGCGGAUGCUGUUGAGUAUCUGCAUUCGGGUAAAAGUACUGGCAAGGUUGUCGUUUGCAUCGAUCCAAGCUUUGAACAUCAAAUGGCUAAGUUAUGAUUUGAAGCCAAUGAAAUUAUCGUUCAUUGUUCAUCCCUACCGGGUACAAUCUUAAACUAUUUGCAUCUUAUUUCGAAAUAUUAUUAUACAUAGAUAGCAGAAGUUAUGUUCAUCUAGAAUAAAGGAACUAUAGAUGGCAUUGAAUUGCUGUUGUUGUUGUUGGCUUUUUUCUUUAUUGUAUGAGACAAAUUCUGAGAAAAAUGUACUGCUAAAUGAUACCAUAUAUCAUAGUGCACAAAGAUAUUGCUUGGUGGCAUUGACCACCUUCUUGUAUUGGUCUUUAGCUUUGUAAUGACAUUAUUGAUAUGAAAGAAUGACAUGUGCAUUCUUUUCA